CUCCAAGCGCGUCACCUUCAACCUUGAAAGGUGUGUUGCAAUUGUUGGCUAAAAGGUGUUGACGACGGGUUUUGGAGAUGUAACUUUCCCUAGAGACUACCACGGAAACUAUCAGAAAUGGCGACAAGACAGGAGCGCAUGCGAGACCGCAUGCGCGGGGCAGGGAGACACAAUGUUGGAGACAUUGACUUUGGUUUCAUCAUCCCCGUCGCCGAAGAACCCGUCGAAGAACCCGAAGAGCCCCCAGUUAUCGAACCGUCGCCACCACCAGCGACUCGCCCAUCCCCAAACACAUCCGCCAAGCGAAAGCACCUCGAUCGCGAUGUAUCACGGCUGAGCCCUGCCCCAACAGGCUAUCCCACAACCAGCCACGAUGUAUACAGCAUACCCGACGCCAGCACCGAAGCAGGCGAAGGGAGCAUCACCCACCACCCGCCUUCCACAAUCCUCUCGCAGGGCCCCUCCUCCCCGCGACAAACCCGACCACCACCACAUAACGCCGAGGAAGCCGAAAAUGAGGACGAACCCGAAGACCAUCCCAUGGCCGACGCCCCUCCCCUCUCCACCGCCACCAAGCCACCACCACAACAACAACGACACCCCCAACAACAGCGCGGCCCGCUCUCGAGCGUAAUCUCCGCCACGAAACGCCUCUCCUUCGACCCCUCCUCCCCACCCACCCACACCAACACCAACCCCAACCCCAACCCCAACACCAUCACCGCCACCACCCCCAACGCCGCCCGCCGGUCCCGACCAGCCCACCACAACCAACACCCCCUCCCCUCCGAGAUGGAACUAGCCACAGAGAUGGAAGUGACCGAAAGCCCCGCCGACGCCCCCGGCAGCGGCCGCCGGCGGCCGCUGCGCGUCGGGCCGGGGACGCCCGUCGUGGGGUCCAGCGCGCUGCUGCAGCGGGUGCUGGAGGAGGAGGACCUGGACGCGGAGGGGGACGCGAGCAUGGAGGAGGUGGAGGUGGAGGUUGAAGAGGAAGUGGAGGAGGUGGAGGGGGUAGAAGAAGAGGAGACGGGAGAGGAGGUGGAAGAAGAAGUGGAAGAAGAGGUGGAAGAAGAAGUGGAAGAAGAGGUGGAAGAAGAGGUGGAAGAAGAGGUGAUAGAGGAGUCGAUUGUUCAGCCUGAAGAUGGCCAGACAAGUCUGAACGAGGGGCAAGCGGUGGUAGAGCAAGAGGAGGAGGAUGAGGCGCAAGAGGUUGGCGAGAAGGAGGCUGCUCAGCGAUUAGGCAGGAAACGUCCUCGCCGUAGUCUGCCCGCACCAUCACCAGAGCUGGGGUCCGGCGCGGCGGAGGAUUCGCCGGCACCAAAGCGACGUCGCAGAAAGGCCGUGGAUAGUCCUGCCCAACAACAACAACCCGCUAAGAAAGCACGGGUGGGCAGACCGCCCAAGUCUCAGCCACCGCGUCAGCCAUCACCUUCACCACAACCCGAACCACCAGCUCGGGCCCAGUCGAAGCCGAAGCCGAAGCCGAAACCUAAAGCGAAGAAACAAGCAAGAAAGAGCAAGGCUGCCGACGACGGCGACGGCAGUGACGAAGAAAGGCCGUCUGGAUCUGUCCCGGUGACAGUGCAGCGUUUCACCAAACCACCACGUGCUACAGAUGCUGCGGAGGCCGAGGACGGACCGAGCGCGGCCCUUCUCAACGGCGAAAUACCAUUUACUAGCCGCGGCGGCGUCAACGCAGUCGAUGUCCUCUCUAAGCUAUGCGAAGAGCUCAUCGAGGCAUAUAUGGACAAAUUACAAGAGCGGGGCAGAGCGGCCGAGGACGCGGCGACGAGGAGGGAGCAGAAGACGAUGUACAAAGCACUGGAAGCAUUCCAGGAGGAGCUGAGAACCAGGCUUCUGGAACACACAAUUGCUCUCGACACUCUCCAUUCCCUGCGAAAGAGGGUGCGCGCGGUACAAAAGGAGAAGCUCACGCUACGGGAUGAGAUCCUCCAAAUCCGCGCAGAAAGAGAGCAGGUAGCGUUGCGGAUGGACGCGAUACGCAUCCGGCAUGAAGCCGAAAGCAAGCAGGCUUUGCGCCACAUAUCACUCUCGUCCGCCAUGCACGACAUCGACAUGGCGGUAGAAAAGGGACAGGCAGCGCCUGAACUGUCCCCCGCCGAGCAGAAGAAGGCGGACUUGGCCAACCUUGAGCUGCUAAUCAGCCGCGUGGCGGACCAAGCAUGCACAAGGGGCGACGGCGGGGGGGCGCUGAAGCAGAUCAGAGAGUUCAACGCCUUCUUAGAACGCGCGGCGGCUGUUUUAGAAGGCAGGUAACUCUGUAGUAACGACAUGAUGAAU